AUGACCAAAACCACCUUUAAUAUCUUUCGUGGUUCCCAAACCAAUGACAUUGUCCCCGACACUACCACCCGCGACCUCGGACCGCACGAUGUCUUCAUCGAGAUCACCCAUGCCAGCCUGUGCGGCACCGACCGGCUCUUCCGCCACAACGGCAUGGCGCUGGGCCACGAAGGUGCCGGUGUUGUCCGCCAGGUCGGCGAACAGGUCACCUCCCUCAAACCGGGAGAUGCCGUCGGGUUGACAUGGAUCCAGAAAGUGUGUGGGAUGUGUGAUCAGUGCAUGACUGAUAAGGAUCAAUACUGCGACUUCAAAGAAGCCUACGGCACUCACGAUCUCGAUAUCGGCACCUUCGCCAGCCACGUUGUCUGGCACGAGUCCAUGGUCAUCAAGCUGCCCCCGGGCCUGGAGCCCGAGUACGCCGCGCCGCUGAUGUGCGGCGGUGCCACCGUCUGGGGGGCCAUGACCUCGUACGACCUCAAGCCGGGCGAUCGCGUGGGCAUCGCGGGCGUCGGCGGCCUGGGCCACAUGGCCAUCCAAUUUGCGUCGGCCCUGGGCUGCGAUGUCGUGGUGCUGUCCAGCAACGAGUCCAAGAGAAAUGAAGCCAUGGCAUUAGGGGCCAAGGAAUUCUAUGUCACCGACGACGCUCCUCGGGAGCAGAUCAAGAGGCUGCAUCAUCUGUACUGGUGUGCUAACUCACAUCCGGAUUUCUCCAACUCCAAGCGCCAUGAAUGUAAACUCACCGCAGACAGGGUCCUUCCCCUCAUCGCUCCGGGAGGAAGCAUCUACCCUCUCACCGUCAGCCUCCAGCCAUCUACGGUCCCCAUCCAACAACUCGUCUCCAAUGGCAUCAAGAUCCAAGGAUCCGCCGUGGCCAGCCGCCGGUCCAUCCGUCGCCUGCUCGACUUUGUCGUCCUGCACGGCAUCCGGCCGAUCACGAUGAGCUUCCCGCUGAACAAGGACGGCAUCCAGCGGUCCUUUCAGGUGCUGGAGGAGGGCCGCAUGCGCUACCGCGCCGUGCUGGUUGCGGAGCGAUAUCUGAUGACGAAGCCCAUCGCGGAGCGGCAACAAGCAUGA